ACGAACGGACCCAACAAUAGAUGCCCCGACACCUGAACCCAGUUCAGUGUUCCGGGUUCACUGUGACUCUGGGGGACUAGUGCAACGUGAAGCUGGAAUCCAUUCCUGUCUGCUCCCCUACCGGUGCGUGGCGCCACCUGACGCCAACGUCCCCACUCGCUACUCCCGUCUCGUCUCGUGAACCCGAUACUCCACCACGCGCCGUGGAACCCCGAGCCCUCUUGCUUCCUUUCGGCCGCUUCCGUAAAGCGAAGCGAGCACCAGCAUCUCCCCGGCGCGACGACCAUCACGGCUACGUGCAGCCCACCAGAUACGUCCAAGUUCCUUCUGCCCAAGGGAGGAAAAAGGGCACCUCGUCAGCUCCCCAUCCCCUUGGACCUCUCCUCCUGUCCUCCAUGGCGCCGCUUUUCACCUCCACCCUCCUCCCCACGACCUCAGCAUCGACACCCACCCACGACGUCGGCGCAGGUACCCAGCUUUCCUCUUUGGACCCCUCUGCUCGUCGUCGUUCCACGCCUUUGUGCUCGUGCGCCAUUCAAAAUUUUCUACUUCCCCGCGCUGAAUUGUUACCGGCCCGUGCUAUAAAACGAGUGGAUAGAUUUCUCGGUCAAACACAGAAGAAAAUUCUUACAGCUACCAAAAUGCCUCGUUUCCACCAUUCCACCUUCCUGCUCCUCGCCGUCCUCGUCUACCACCUAUCGGUACCUUCUGUGCACGGAGAGGUCGGCAAUGGCGGCCACCAGGACCUGCCCGCGCUGCUCUCCUUCAAGUCCUACAACCCGAACGCCACGGCCCUGGCGACCUGGCACGGCCCCAACCCGUGCUCCAGCACGUGGUUCGGGAUCAGGUGCUCCAGGGGCAGGGUGGUGGGGGUCUUCCUCGACGGCGCCUCGCUGGCCGGCGAGGUGGCGCCGCUCCUGCGGCUCAGCCAUAUCAGGGCGCUCGCCGUCAGGAACAACUCCCUGUCCGGCGCCCUCCCCCCGCUGGACGACGCCACGGCGAGCCCGUGGCUGCGGCACCUGCUCGUCGCCCGCAACCGGCUCACCGGGAGCCUGAACAUCUCGCUGGGUGCUCUGCUCACGCUUAGAGCGGAGCACAAUGGCUUCCGUGGAGGCCUGGAGGCGCUGCGCGCCCCGUCGCUCAGGAGCUUGAACGUGUCCGGGAACAAGCUCGCUGGGGAGAUCUCCGGCGAUCUGUCCAGGUUCCCGAGGUCGGCUUUCGGCGGCAAUCUCGCUCUCUGUGGCACGCCUCUGCCAAGAUGUGUUCGUGCUUAUAAUGCGUUAGGAUCGGAUAGUUCUUCCAAUGCUACCACCAGUAUCGCUGCUCAAUCUCCUGGUGCUGCAGUGAACGUUAGUGGUAGUGUGCCUUCCAGUUCCAGCAAUGGAGGUUUCAGUAAGCUUAGCUUGACUGCACUCAUGGCCACCGGCAUUGGCAACGCAGUGCUCAUCACGGUCUCGCUAGCCAUCUCCGUGGCCAUGUUCGUCUACAUGAGGAGGAAGCUCCGGUCGGCGAAGGACGCCUCCGACGCGGCACUCUGCUUCGAGGAGCAAGAGAAGAGGGCGAACGGGGACGACAAGUGCCAGAAGAGCGGCGGGUUGGUCUGCUUCGAGGGCGGCGAGGAGCUGCGGCUGGAGAGCCUCCUCAAGGCGUCCGCCGAGGUGCUCGGCAAGGGCGUGUCCGGGAGCACCUACAAGGCGGUGCUCGACGACGGCAUCGUGGUGGCCGUCAAGCGCCUGAGCGCGCUGCAGUUCCCCGCCAGCCGGAGCAAGGCGUUCGACCGCCACAUGCGGCUCGUCGGCCGGCUCCGCCACCGGCACGUCGUCAGCCUCAGGGGGUACUGCAACUCCAACGGCGAGCGCCUCCUCGUCUACGACUUCCUCCCCAACGGGAGCCUCCAGUCCCUUCUGCAAGCCAGUGGUGGUGGCGCGAGGAGCCUGGACUGGGCGGGGAGGAAGAGCAUACUGUUCGGCGCGGCGCAGGGCCUGAACUACAUCCACACGUUCCCGGCGCGGCCGGCGCUUGUGCACGCGAACGUGAAGCCGUCCAACAUCCUCCUGGACGAGCGCGGCGGCGCGUGCGUGUCCGAGUGCGGGCUCAUGCGCUACGCCACAAACAUCCAGCAGUCCGUCGUCCCGCAGGCCGCUCGGUGCCCGCCGGACCUGUUCCUGGGCCGGGCGGCGACCGCGACGUCGUCGGCGGCCCCGCCAGCGGCGAGCGUCGGGUGGCACGGGUACGCGGCGCCGGAGCUGGCGUCGGGCGCGGGCGCGAGGGCGACGCAGGAGUCCGACGUGUACAGCUUCGGGAUGGUGCUCCUGGAGGUGGUGACGGACCACAAGGCCGCCGACGGCGAGGAAGGCGGCGAAGGGGAGGAGACGAUGGGGAUGGUGAAGAUCGGCGUGCUGUGCACCGCCGAGGCGCCGGAGGAGAGGCCCACGAUGGCGCAGGUGCUCGCCAUGAUGAGCGAGUUCAUGUGACGCAGCUGUGCCUGGCCUCUGCUUGUCGGUCGCCGACUCGCCAUUGCAAUUUGUCAGUAUGUAACUGCAGUGCGUAGACUCUAGCUACCUACGUUCCAGGUCUUGAAUCGAAAAAAAAACCUUCUACUUCGUCUACUAUAAUUGGAGCUUCCUUUCAGAAGCUGCCCGAUAAUCCAGAAAUGAGGCACUUAAAAAUGCAACUCAGUUAUCUUACAAAUAUAAACGCCAUCGUGGGUGUCUUAUGUGGAUGAAAAAGAAAGGGGGGGAAAAAACCAAAAGAUUUGUUGUAUAGAGCCAAAAACUCUUCCAUUGUUCUCGCUGGAUUUAGCUGAGCACAGAUGUAAGUAAGCGGCCCAACAAACUGGCCCAAUACAUUUUCAAGCAGGCCGGAGAAAACACAAAGGUGGCCCAGUGGUGUGUAGAGCUGGCACUGGCCCAAUCCCCAGCUGUGUACGCCAACAACUUUGCGGAACUCGACCUGCAUUCUGCACGCUCUGAGACUCUCGGUCGGCAGUAGCCAGUACAGUAGGAAAAGGCAUCGAGCUGGAGCCAUCGACCAGCAUCUAAAUCCACGAGCACGGUCAAAAUUAAGCAGUCCUGCAAUUCCAUAAAGCACAUAUUAGUCGGGUAAUACUGCAGCGAUUGCGACGGCUCACCAUUUCCAGCUUGGAGCAUGCCAGCGCUGAUACAGCGGGUACGGCUGCCCCUACCAAGACAACUCAUCUGUGGACCAGUGCUUAACGAGCAGCACAUGGCUUCUUGGCUGGCAAGUGGCGACGCCAACAUGCUUCAAUCAUUUCAACGUUCGGAUCCCUCACCAAACUAAUUAAGCAACCCCGGCCCGGCAUCUCCUAACGAACUUCACGAGGACUCCGUGCCACAGCAUUCUUUUCGAGGGAGGGAGGAAAAAUAAAGCUUGUCAAUUCUGAAUUGGUUGGUCAUAAAUGAAAGUCGUUAUGCCGGUCGUUUUGCUUAGAAUUCAGAUGGUGGGUUCCUUAGUCGGUCAAAUCGAUUUCAGAUUCCAAUUACAUCUUUGAACUGUAGCCUGCACCCCUUAAUUUUCAGGUCGUAAGAAUAGUAAUCGUUUUUUUAAGAGAGAUGCACCGUUUUCUUUUUCUUUGUAACGGAAGAACUCGAUUGAGGGAGAAUCGUUCGACAGUGUUUUACAACAAUCUGCACAUCGCAAGUUUGCAGAGCAAAACACAACAAACUGAAUACGCAAUUCUCAUGUAUAUUGUAUAUAAGAUGAAAAGAAUCAAAUAAAUCAUCUCAUUGAUAAACAGAAGCGCAGCGGGUACAUGAUCUCCACCACAAAGAGUGGUGCGUCGACGCACGUAUCCAACCACGCGCGCACACCUCCACCCGCCGCCGACUCGUACAUACACACGCCCACCGACAUCCCUCAACACGCGCCACGAACAGGGGACUCGACUCACG